GGUUACAGCUGAAAUGCCUGGAACAGCCUCAGGAAAACAUGAAUCGCUGCGAGUGAGGGAGGGCAGGAUGGGAACCCACAAUCGCAAGCUGAAUGAUGAAGUCCUCUGUACAUACAGAAGAAGAUGACUUUGUGCCAGAGCUCCAGAGAAGCAUCCAUCCCAGAGAGAGGCCAGACUGGGAGGAGACUCUCAGCGCUAUGGCAAGAGGUGCAGAUAUCCCUGACAUUCCAGGGGAGUUGCCACUCCGGACCUGUGGCAGCACAGCAAGUAUGAAAGUGAAGAAUGUGAAAAAAUACAUCAACCCGGGACUGAUGGGCUGUGAUGCCUUUCACAGGUUAUCCUUUACAAAGGGUCAUUUCCCGAAGAUGGCUGAGUGUGCACAUUUCCAUUAUGAAAACGUGGACUUUGGCAACAUACAGCUUUCGCUCCCGGAGGAACAGAAUGAAGUAACGAGGAACGGCUGUGAAUCCAAGGAACUGGUCUACCUCGUACAGAUCUCAUGUCAGGGGAGGAGCUGGAUCGUGAAGCGGAGUUAUGAAGAUUUCCGAGUACUUGAUAAACACCUUCACCUAUGUAUUUAUGACCGGCGCUUCUCCCAGCUCUCAGAGCUACCCCGCUCCGAUGCCCUGAAGGACAGUCCAGAGCUUGUCACCCAGAUGCUGAUGGCUUACCUGUCACGGCUCUCAGCCAUCGCAGGCAACAAGAUAAACUGUGGGCCAGCUCUCACAUGGAUGGAGAUUGAUAACAAGGGGAAUCACCUGCUAGUCCAUGAGGAAUCAUCCAUUAACGUUCCUGCUAUUGCUGCUGCCCAUGUUAUUAAGAGAUAUAUUGCUCAAGCAGCAGACGAACUGUCCUUUGAGGUGGGAGACAUCGUGUCUGUUAUUGAUAUGCCACCAAAGGAGCUGACCACCUGGUGGAGAGGCAAACAUGGAUUUCAGGUUGGAUUUUUUCCUAGUGAGUGUGUUGAACUAAUUAACGACAAAGUUCCUCAGUCCGUGACCAAUUCUGUGCCAAAACCAGUCUCCCCUGCCCACGGAGCCCGUCCAGCGUCCUGGAGCUACUUCCCCCCUUAUUUGGAGAUGGAUAGUGUAAAGCCAGGUUCUGCAUAUGUUACAGAGGCUCUGAACCAGUCCCAGCUGAGCUCAGUGUCAAAAAAACACGGCAAGCUCAUCACCUUCCUUCGUACAUUCAUGAAGUCGCGCCCAACAAAACAGAAACUGAAACAGCGGGGGAUCCUGAAGGAAAGAGUGUUUGGCUGUGACCUGGGAGAGCAUCUUCUCAACUCUGGCCAUGAUGUCCCCCAGGUCCUCAAGAGCUGCACGGAAUUCAUUGAGAAACAUGGCAUUGUGGAUGGCAUCUACCGUCUGUCUGGGAUUGCGUCCAACAUCCAGAAACUCCGCCACGAGUUUGACUCGGAGCAGAUUCCUGACUUGACAAAGGACAUUUACAUCCAGGAUAUUCACUGCGUGGGCUCCCUCUGCAAACUGUACUUCCGCGAACUCCCCAACCCUCUGCUGACCUACCAACUCUACGAGAAGUUCUCAGACGCUGUUUCUGCUGCUACGGAUGAAGAACGGUUGGUGAAAAUCCACGAUGUCAUCCAGCAGCUGCCCCCUCCUCACUACAGGACACUGGAGUUCCUAAUGAGACACUUAGCUCGUCUGGCUGAUUACUGCUCCAUCACAAAUAUGCACACUAAGAACUUAGCAAUCGUCUGGGCUCCAAACCUCUUAAGAUCAAAGCAGAUCGAGUCUGCCUGCUUCAGUGGAACAGCUGCCUUCAUGGAGGUGCGAAUCCAGUCGGUAGUUGUGGAAUUCAUCUUGAACCACGUGGACGUCCUCUUCAGUUCCAAACUCAGCUCAGUCAUACGAGAUGGAGCAGGGCACAGUUCUUUAUCACGGCCCAAGUCCCUGUUGGUGUCCUCUCCUUCCACAAAGCUGCUCACGCUGGAGGAAGCGCAGGCACGGACACAAGCGCAGAUCAACUCUCCCAUCGUGGCAGACAGCAAAUACAUAGAAGUGGGAGAAGGCCCUGCAGCUUUACAGGGGAAAUUCCACACGGUUAUAGACUUUCCAUCCGAAAGAAAAAGGCCACCCAGCAAGAUGAAGAAAUCGCCAGUUGGCAGUUGGCGGUCCUUCUUCAACCUGGGCAAAUCAUCGUCCGUGUCCAAGCGCAAACUCCAGCGCAAUCCCAGUGAGCCCUCAGAAAUGAAAGCCAUAGCCCUGGCAGGGGGACGAGGAGACAGCGGGACUCUUCGCUCAGCUAAGAGUGAAGAAUCGCUUACCUCUCUGCACGCUGUCGAUGGUGAAUCUAAGCUGUUCCGACCCAGAAGACCCAGGUCCAGUAGCGAUGCGUUGUCCGCUUCCUUCAACGGAGAGCUCUUGGGAAACAUGAACCGCUGCAAUUCUUACGACAACCUUCCCCACGACGACAGCGACGGGGACGAGGGGCUCAUCCACGUUCCUGCCCUGAUUUCUCCUCGAUCUGCUGAAGACGUUGACCUGAGCCCACCGGACAUCGGAGUCGCUAGCCUGGAUUUUGACCCUAUGUCUUUUCAGUGCAGCCCGCCCCAAGCAGAGUCCGAGUGCCUGGAUAGCAGCACCUCCCUGCUGGAGUCAGUCGGCAUCAACAAGGAGAAGCCAAGCCUACUAAAGAAGGAUUUGGAAUCGGGCAGCCAGUCCCAGACACCAGGCAGUGCCACGAGCUCUGAGCCAGUCUCCCCUUACCAAGAGAAGAUGAGCCCCUUCUUUACUAUGGACCUGAGCCCAACGGAGGAGAAGGCCUGCAAGCCCCAUGCCUUCUCACCCAAGGGGGGGCGAAAGCCCCUCAAAUCCCCGCCGCCAACCGCGCCAGAAGCCGUCCCCUUCGCCCUGCCCAGCCGCGUGUCAGAAGCCCUCGGGGGAGUGCCCGUCCCAUCCAGGAACUCCUCUGCUUCCAGCUGGAGCAAAGGGAUUGGCAUCGCCGAAAUCGCAAACAGGUCCCCAACCCAGAUGUCCUUGCCCCUGAAAAACAGUGAAACGGGAGCAGGGGAGGGAGCCCACCAAGAGCUACCGCACGCCCAGCUAGUGGCUGCUGGCAAGCCAGAGUUGCCAGAAGAAGGAGAGAGACCAAUGUCAAGCAGUCAGAAUAAGACUGUACCCACUGGACACGCACAGCCAGGAGCAGUUGCCCUCGACUCCCCCCAGGAUCCUGUUCCCGUCAGUUCUGUGUCUCUUAUCCCUCCUCCUCCUCCGAAAAACGCAGCGCGCAUGCUAGCCCUAGCGUUAGCCGAGUCCGCACAGCAAGCGUCCGCUCAGUCUCAGAAAAGGCCAGGAGAUGCUCACUCUGAAAGCACAAAUUACGGAGAGGCUGAAGCUGGCACAGCUCUAGAAAAGCUCCAUCUCUCUGCUGGUGCUCCAGACAAGCUCCACCUGUAUACCAGUCUGCCCGAGAACCGACUCCACUUCCAGCCUGGUGCACCAGUAGAGCAGGAUUUCCAAGGUAGCAGCACGCCCGGGGAGCAGAACCACCCGCCCGGGGCGCCUGGAAACCGGGACCCCCCACCUCUGCACCCUGGCAUGCCUGGGGACGUGCCCGAUAGCGGAGACGCAGAGCAGGAGCAGGCCAGCUUCCAUCCUGGUAAACCGGGGGACAAAGAUCACUUCCCCGUCCCUGCCGGGGACUGGGAGCACCCGCCCCACCACGCUCCAGGGGCGCUGCCUGACUGGGAGCCACCCACAACAGACUUGCCUGUAGAUAAGCCCCACCACCCCCGGGCGUGCGUGGCUGGGGACAAGCACCACGUCCCUCUCUGCGCGGCCGAUGACGAACUGCACUCUCCUCCCGCCGUGAGCGCCGGGGAGAAAAGCACCCCGGCCUCAGUGCCCUAUUUAACCACCGUCCAGGCGACAGCAGCUCCAGCCCCGACUCAGGCAGACGGCGCCGCGCCGUGCCCGCUCGCGGCCGGCCAGCCCGCCCUGCCGCAGAGGGCAGAUCACCAGUCAGCCACGGGACAAGUGCCAGCCGCCUCCGCCAAAGCACCGAAUGGUUCCAGCCAGAUUUGGGGUGCGACCACGCCUGAAAAGCCACCCGAGCCCUCGCCUGGUUUUGUCUCCGAGAGCAGUUCCACCACCCGCUGCUCCUCUUCUGUGCCCGCGGGCCACCAGAGCCUUCUGGAAAAGCCUCGGGAGACCCCGAGGGCUCCCCCGCUGCACCUGCGCUCCGAGUCCGUCCCUACGCACUCCUCCUACGGCUUUACACCCCCCGUCCCCCCCGUGAGAACGCUGGAGAGCAAAAUCGCUGCCGCCCUGCACUCGAACAACACGGACACCGUCAACAACUCCAAUUACCACGCCUUCCUGGCCUCCUCCAUGCUGGCCUCCUCGGUGGAGGAAGCCCUGCUGCCGCCCCCGCCGCCCCCCCCGCCCAAGCACGCCUCCCUGCAGUCUGUGUACGUGCCGCAUCCCAAGCCGGACACCCUCCCCGAGCCCCCGGGCCCAGACGCCUACCUGCCCCACAAGCCGGCCUCCAUCCACCAGUACAGGCCCGAGAGCGUUCCCCCUCACGGCUCCUACCACGCCAAGCCCGACCAGCACCCAGCCUUCCCUCCUCGCUCGGAGACGCCCACGUCCCGCUACAACACCUACGCCAGCCAAGGGAAGGGCGCCUCGGCUCCCCACGCCAAGCCCCGCAGCCGGCCGGAGUUGGUGGCCUCCGUCAGCCCGACGGGCCUGCGUAGCGCCAGCUACGCCGAGGACGCUCCGCCCUACCCCACCAUCCGGAGGGUUCAGUCGCUGCACGUCCCCGCCCCGGCCGCCUCUGCCAUCCGCUCCGUUCCCAUCUCGCGGACCGAGGUGCCUCCGGACGACGAGCCCCUGUACUGCCCGCGGCCCCUCUACCAGUACAAGCCCUACCAGCCCCACUCCGACUACCACGUAACUCAGCUGCAGCCUUACUUUGAGAACGGGCGGGUGCAUUACCGCUACAGUCCUUACUCCAGCUCUUCCGCAUCCUCUUACUACGCCGCCGCUGAUGGGAGCUUUUACGACCUGGACCCGUACAGCACCGUGCGGGUCCGCCCUUUCCACCCCCUGCCCAGCCGAGACUUCGCCUCCUACGCCUCCCGGCUGCAAAGCAAAGGCUUGUACCGCUACCCCAGCCUGGCCGCCUACCCCCGGGGCGGCCUCAUCGGCCACCUAGCAGGCAAGGAGCACAGCUUCAUCAGCAGAGACGUGCCUCCCGCCCCGGACAUCAAGCACAUGUACGUGUCGUGGGACCUGGAGGACAUGGAGAAGUACCGCAUGCAGUCCAUUCGCCGGGAGAGCCGCACGCGCCAGAAGGUGAAAGGGCCGGUGAUGUCCCAGUACGACAACGUGGCCCCGCUGCUGCAGGAGGAACUGGGAGGGCUGGAUGUGAUUCACUUGCGCAGCAAAUCGGAUCCCGGGAAAAGCGGCCUGCUCACCGUGGCGGAAGGGAAGGAGGGGAGGUACCCGGCCAAAGCAGCUACGCCCGAGGGGGACGAACGUUACUACCUGCAGCACCCCGAGCCGGAGCUGGACAGAGCCCACUACCACGGGGCCUACGGGAACGGGCAGGCGGAGAAGCCGUCCCUCCCCCAGAAGCAGAGCAGCGUCCGGAACAGAAAGCUGCACGAGCCGGGCUGCAACGCCAGCGACCACAGGACGCACUCGCAGCAGGAAGCGAGCCACAGGCAGGCUCCCGAAUCCAAAAACGGGCCCCCUUAUCCCGACUACAGGCCCAAAGGCGGCCCCGAGCCCUCCGAGCCCAUCGGCUACCAGCACGCGGGCGGCAAGUACAUCCCGGCGAACCAGGAGACCCUGAGACUGAACCACAAGGAGGUGAGGCUGGCAGAGGACAGGCCGGAUUUGGAGAGGGCUCGAGCCAGGCCCACCCCAGCCCUGGAGAAACACUCCAGAGACUGCUACAAGGAUGAGGAGCACACCGCCCCGCCCAAGCCCGAACGGAGCCACAGCCUCAGAAUGCAGCACCCCGAAACCAUGGAGAGGGACUCUGCCCUCCUCUACCCCUACCAAACCCUGGGGAAACGCCAAAGCACUAUGACUGUGGUGUCCCAGUAUGAUAAUUUGGAGGAUUACCAUACCAUGCCUCAGCACCAAAGAGGGGGCUAUGUCGGAGGAGGGGGGUUUGUGCCCCCCAGUUUCACCCACGUGCACAGUAGAACUUACGCCACGGCCCUCGGCCAGGGAGCCUUCCUCCCGACGGAGCUGUGUUUGCAGAGGCCCGAAACAGAGGUCCACGUUGAGUGAGCUGGUGUGGGGGGAAGGAGGGAUAGAGUCUAAGCAGCCUCUGCUGGACAGCGGACUGUUUUAUUUUUUCAGUGACGGAAAAAAAAAAAAAAAAAAAAAAAAAAAAAAACCCCAAACAAACAAAAAUCAACAAACAAAAAAACAAACCACCCCCACACACCCCUGCCCCGAUGAGCAAAGCAAACCCACCUUCAGCCCCACCCCUACCAGCCCACCACUCACUGUUUUUAUGUAGUAGAGAUAGAGCUUUUUCAUGUAGUUUUGAGAUAACUGGAACGGCAGGGCAGGCUGUUGGCACACAGAUGGUGCCGGAGAGGCUGGGCAGAGCUGAAGGAGAUGCUGUUGGGGCAGGGGCCGGGAAGGAAAAGCUUUUCCUUCCCCAGACUCGACGUUGGCAGUUACCACCGCUUCCUCACCAUGCCUCCGUGGUCCUGUGCAUGACGGACUGUGCAUGCAGCUCUUCUCCCCGUGUGUAGUAAGUUGCCCAUCCCACCGCUAGUUUCCAAGAAAAGGUCUCCACGCCACGCCUUGGAAGAGCCACCGUUGUGUCCCUGCUGAGGUUACGCAGCAAGAGCGGGCUAAAAGCUGGGCAGGGGGGGGAAAAAGACUUCCCGAGUAUUUUCUUCUGGAUAAAUGCCGAGGUCCUGCCUCUCCCUUGAAACUUAUUGCUGAGGUGUAGUGGAUCCACUGCAGUUGCUUUGAAGUGAGAGCCCGUUUGACUUCAAGCCUGUGGAAUAGGCUCUGAAGGAAGUUCACAAUGCAACGCACUUUUUCAAUUGCUUGCUUAACGAGCUGCUUCUGACUACAAGAAAGCAAAUUACUUUCAAUUUCUCUAUUGUAAAGCAGAUGCCAGCUAUGGGAGGCCAAGUAGGGCAGGUUUGCAUUCCUCAUACCAAAAGAAAUACAACACAAAAGUACACCAAAUCAUACACACACACACGUUUGGAACAGCGCACCCAUUUCAUGCCAAUUCCUCUUUACUGCUAGGCUAUCUACAGUCCAGAUGAUUUAAUACCACGGUGUGGCUGGCCAGACAGUAUCAUCUCUCUACCAAAAAAAAAAAAAAAAAAACCCACAAAAAAAAACAACAACAAAAAACAAAACAAACCUAUAAAUAUAUUAAAACAAAACAAAACAAAACAAAAAACCUCUAUGGCAUUAUGUCCAGCUUGUAAAUUGGAGCCCAACUUACCAGCUGGGAACGGCUGUGUAAGUGCCCAGUUAUCUGCAUGACCAGCUAUUUGCCUCGGGCCAGAUCCUGCAGCUCUUAGAUCAGGGAACGAUCCUCUUGACCUUAAACUGAAGGUCUACAGGACAGGGCUUUCCGUAACCUUUUCAGUUCAGCGUUGGCAAGGGGAAUCCCUGUGAGGUUGUGGCACAUACACAGUAGUGACGUGCUGUGAAAGAGUUUCGCCUCCCGUCUCGCAAGUGUAGCUCCUGCCAGUAUUCAGUCAGCAGUAGGGACAAAGGGCCAGUGCACUCUAGGACACGCUAAUACCGUUGUCCUCGGUGUUUAAAAGCUUCCCCUAUGGUAAAAGAAGCCAGGCAGCAUCUCACUUGCAGCCUCUCAGACUUCCCAGGACUCGCUACCACCCCACCCUCAUAAAUAAAAGCACACCUCUUUCAUUAGGCAGGGCUUGCAAGCAAUACUUGAGAUUUAGGAGUUUUUAAAAUGUUCACUGGUAAAUUCCAAGGCCGUCCCCGUUCCAUGUGGUUGAAGAACUUCUCUACCCAUUUUGAAUCUCUUAAUGUUUUAUUCAAAACCUGGAGGUCCUGCAGUUAGCACACAGCUGUGAAAGUUAAAGGGACCUUAGAAGGGUUUUUGAACAAAAGUUUCACGGCUAUUUUGAGGCUUUUAAAUCAUAAGGAAAACCUGCUUCUAGUAGCUAAUUAGUCUUUAGCUGUUUGCUUCUUUUAAUCUUGUAGCCUUGUCUGGGGCUGUUUCAGUAACACUACCUUAUGGUCCUAUAAUUUAUUGUGCAAUGCUGUUGUUUUAAGCAUUUUGUUUAGAAGAGUUGUUCUUGAAUGUUACAGAAAUAAAUCUGGCAGUCAGAGGAAAAAAAAAAAAAAAAAGGGGGGGGAGAAAAAAAAGAAAAAAAGAAGCACUGUGAUCCAGAUUACCACAAUCUCCUUGUGAGUAAUUACCAGGUUGAGGGGCUGUUUUUUGUGAGGGAAUGCUUUUACUAAUUUUUUUUUUUUUUUUUUUUUCAAGGAAAGCUAACAAAACAAAAAUUCUAUAAAGAGGGGUCGUUAGGGGAGCCGUGUCACGGGCCACCCUGCCUCCGUUGCUGGCUGACCCCGGGGACAGGCUGAGCUGCCCGGAUGCCUCGGCGCACGCUCGCCCAGGCAGCCCCGUUUCAGUACGUGCCCUCGAUGCGUUCGGGCUGGGACCAGUCCUCAACCCUUGUAGCACAGUUUCACACCCCCCCACACCCCCCCCCCCCAGCUGCCAGUUACCUGCCGAGGUCCCCAGCUGAAGCAGGGACAACGCGUUCGGUUCAGGCUAUUUGGGAUUCAGGUAAUGAGAGCUGUAGGUCAAACCUCGCUCUCCACGAAAGCCUUAACUCCCCCCCCCUCCUGCCCUCAAUUUUGGCCUUACCUUAACCAGGACUAUCCUACCAUGAGGGGGCUGAACCCAGCUCCCGCUAAUUGUAAACACCUCGGGAUUUUCCUGCUCAAAGCCACCGUCUCCCCUUAGAGCUCAAGUGCCAUCCCUGGACAACUUCUGUUUUCUUGUACCAUGGCCCGCCCGUGAAGCGCCGGGUGCUAAGCCCCCUCUUGCCCCACGGGAAACAAAAAGCUGUCCGCCCCGUUCAAAAAGAGCUGCUGGAAGUGCACACCCAGACGGCUGCUACAACCAGCCUUCCCCUUGAGGAGGAGGUGGUCUCUGUUAAAACAAAAAAGGAAAAAAUGACACACGGCAGAGAGCGUAGUGCCCAGCCAUCCCUCAGCCCAGCCGCGUCGACGUGUACCUACGUCAAGGGCUGGGAGCUCUCGGAGAACCCAAACUAAACUUCUCUGCACCCGUGUUGAGCCACAAGUACCAAAAAAAAAAAAAAAAACCAACAAAAAAAGCAAGGUUAAGGCACCAGCUUUUCCCAGACAAACGAUACAGAUAAGCACCUUUCUUUUGGUGUUGCUACUGCCCACGGCUUAACCAUCUUCAGCAGUCCCCCCCGCGUCCACCCCACGCAAAGCCAUAUAGUGAACUAUGCAGUUCUGCUCUUGCACUGUGGUUAAUCUGAUGGUCCUUAGAAAGAGUCCUACAUCCUCGUUAACCCGAGUCACGGUAAAGUCAAACCGUCCAGCUGGAUCCUUCCAAAAAAUCCUAGGCUGAGAUUACAAGGGGCGUCGUGCGCCAGAGCGAGGAGGGGAGGUUACACCAGAUGCCUCAGUCAGGCGGAUGAUCUGGAGGUAAGUUCAGUUCUUGGCCUCCUAGCAGAGAAAUGGGAGAGAGCGAGGGGACGGCAACGCGAACAAGACUCCACUGCAAGUCCAGUUCUGCUCAGAUUAAUUUAUUGCCUGACCGUGUCUCCAGCAAGGUGACAAGCAGCCGUGUUCUUAACUAAUUCCCUGACACUUGCCACGAGCUAUCUGCGUCUUAAACUGCCGCUUGCUGGGUUUCCAGCCAGGUUUCUCCCUAGUGCACGCGAGAGUCGGGGUCCAGUAGCGUACUCCAACUCCGGAUUGUCACUUCAGUUUUGGAGUGGACUGUGCGACUGUCCCGGGUUUGAGACCUUCCUUGGCCGGGGGGGGGAGUGCAGACGUUAGGUGAGUGAUGAGGACGUAGCCCCUGUGAAGUCUUAAGCAUUACUUUCUGAUUUUUAAAGAGUCUUAUCAGGUGAAAUCUAUAUGCACACGUGACAACACACCCACAACUUUGUGCCUAUGUCUUUCCAGAGAGCCUCGUUUUAUGCCCAUCAGUCGAAGGGGGGGGGGGGGGGGGUCAGUAAGGAUUGCACAGUGGUAGUAAGUUGCUCCACAAAAACCAAAACCAACUUGAAAACACACUGUUCCUCUUUAACCCCAGAAAGGGACAGAACCUCAUGCGUGCUCUGCCGCUCAGCGCUGCGUUGACAGGGCAUUGACUGAAGUGACGUGUUACGUGUUAGGAAACGUGGGUGAGAAAUUGUUUUCCUUCCUUCCUUCCGUUAAAGGCGGCUUAGGCGUGCAACUCUUUUUCCCGGAGCCUCGUGCUGCAGAUAGCCGAUGUUGAAAGGCAUGGUCUGGUCCGAGCAGACAAACAACAUAAAACCUUCGUGUGCAGAGUCUUGCCUCGUCCAGUUGGGGGGAGGGAGGGAGGGAGGGGGAGAAAAGGGUUGUUUUGCAGUUCAUUUUCCUGCUGUAGAAGACUUGAUUUUUCUUUCCCUGAGCCGCAUGAGAGAAACAUCCCAGAAAGUCUUGGGUUACCUUUGGAGUUCCCUUCACUUUAAUUUAUAUAGUGUCUUUUUUUGUGAACUGGUGUAAAAUGUAUAUGCCGACAAGCUCAUGUAUUUUUAUGUAAAUAUUUUUUGUGGUUUCCCCACUUGCCCUUCUCUGUAAAUAUUUAGAAUUCUCAUAUUCUUCUCACCUUGUAUGAUGCAGAUGUGGUUUUGUUUCUGUUUUUUAUUUGUACUGUAAUGCAACAAUCCAGACUGAGGUGUCUUGUGGUAUUAAACAAAAGCAACAGUCCCACUGAGCUCACACUCAGAUGUACAACUUGACAGCAUUAAUCAAGCCAGGUUAAAAACUA